UUUUUGGAGAGAAAUAAAACAUUGUCAUUACUUUAAAAAAAUUUAGCAUUGCAAGCUAAGUGACAUUCUUUUUUUUUUUUCUAUUCGAAUUUUCGGGGACACCGUUGUGUUUUGUGGCUCGACGCGACCGGCCGUAAACGUCACUGAAUAAAGUCAACAAUUACAAAGAAUAAUGAGCUCUUUUACAGAAAAGGCGCUUUCUGAUAAGUUAGCUACGCUGACAAAUACACAGCAGAGCAUCCAGACCAUGUCCUUAUGGCUGAUUCAUCAUCGGAAGCAUGCUAAGAAAAUAGUAACUGUCUGGUACACACUGCUCGUGAAAGCAAAGCCUUCUCGAAAACUGGGAUUCAUCUAUCUUGCCAAUGAUGUAGUCCAAAAUGGCAAGAAAAAGGGGCCGGACUUCAACAAGGAGUUUGCAGGCGUGAUGCCUACAGCUUUUGGACAUGUGUAUGAUACCACUUCAGAUGAAAAGACUUAUGCAGCUUUACAAAAAGUACUCAAGGUCUGGCAAGACAGAAAUGUCUUUGAAAAGGAUGUCCUUAAGAAAAUAGAACAAGAAAAUAAUGAAGGUGAAGAGCUGCCGGAGCCGGAUGUAGCAGAGGUUGGUGCUGAUACUCCUCCGCAACAAGACGUCGAACAGGAAAGUAAAAGAGAGCAAGAAGACGAGGAGUCUGCUCCUGCUAAGAAACCAAAACUAGAAGACCUUCAACGUAUUCUGCAUGAAGAAGAAGAGGAAUUGCAACAGAUAGAAGACAUGCCUGAUCCUGAUGAAAUGGCCCAAGUCUUGAGAGAUCUAGAACACUCUGCUUCCAGUGAUGCAUCUGUUAGAGAAAAAAUAGCCAACCUUCCACCGGAAGUACAAGAUGUUAGCAUGCUGGAGAAGAUAAAAGACAAAGAUGAUGCAGAGAGGCUAUCGUCAGUGGUCAAUGAAGCUGUAUCGAUGUUAUCAGAUUAUAACAGCAGGCUAUCCUCUGAGAUGACCCAACGUGAAGAACUGAUGAAAAUGCUUACAUCGUAUAAGAUAGGGCAGCAACAUCAUCUCAGGACAUCUCUCAAGAAACUAGAGGAAUAUAAAGAUCGUCUAACGCGAGUAACGACUGUGAGAAAGGAACUGAAAUCGCACAUCCAGAAUCUUCCAGAUCUAUCUCUGUUACCAGACGUAACUGGAGGACUGGCCCCACUACCUUCAGCUGGGGAUCUUUUCUCAAUCGAUUUGUGAACACACUGUCCUGCAUGAGAACAAUUUAUAUGUGAACACUCUCAGGUUGAGAUUUCUACUCUGUUGACGUAAGCUGUAGAUCCCUGCUAAAUUAAUAUGUGAACGCAAAAACUUGCUGAAGAACAGUCAUCAUCUUUGUGUGGACACAGUACCUUCAGCUCUAGAUCGCUUAAUUAUUGUGUGAACAUAAUUAUUUGUGAACGUGUCACAUUCAUAUGGACGUACGUUCAGUUGGAAGUCCUUCAGUUUGAUGUCUUUUCUUGAAUGAUACCUGAUUACACUACUUUCAGUGGGAGAUUUAUUCCCAGUUGAUGUGUAAAUUGCAUCAUGUUCUUUAAGACAUCAUAUUUGACAAUGAAAAGUGUGGUCUUUACGAUGGGAUCACACUCACUAUAAUGGCUUCACGUUGGUAUACCCUUUAUUGUUGCAAUACUUUAUUUCUUAAAAGUUAGUGACAUGCAAAUUACCAUCAUGCUGAAUCGAACAGAAGACAAAAUUCACUUUUUCACACUGCAAUAUUAGUGCUUCAAAGUGCAAGAAAGUAAACUGUAUCUGUGGCAACUUGCCAAAUAUUGAACAUCAAUUCACACCCAAAUGGAAUGUGAUCCUUAGACAAACUAGGCAAUGUGAAAUCUAAGAUUCUGUUGGUUGUGUUGUGAAUUUUCAUUUUGCAGUUUAUAAAAAACAUACAAAAAAAUUUGCAAAUUAGAGGCAAAAGGUCAAAGUUUACAAGGUCAUGGAUUGAUUAGUGAUCCCAGAAAAUAUCUUUUUACAGUUAAUGAUUUAAAACUGAAGCAAUUUGAGGCAAUUGAAAAAGUGAAGAUGUAUAUCUGGAAAGAUGGAGGAAUGAGAUUAAAUGAUUUAGUAUUUUGUUUCCAUGCAACAAUUGAACAUACAGCAUAUAACAUGUCAUAGUAUCAUAACAGUCAUUGCAAGAGAAGGGAAUGGUUGAAAGCAUGAUGGCUUGACAAAGGACAACCCUCAAGAAAAGACUAAAAGAUCAUGAGAUAGUGGAUUGAAAUGUGGGAGGACAGGGGUGAAAAGUCACUCUUCAUAAAAAUCUUGACAUAGAAAUAUAUGUUUCUGUUAUAAUCUGACAAAGAAAGAAGUAGUAUAAAUCACCCUAAACUUAAAUAUAUUUAUCGUAUGAAAAUGGUUUUCAUGAAUUCACAUCCUUUAUGUACUAGGAUCACUGAUAAAUUAAUAUUUUGCAGAACUUCAGACAUAACAAGGUACCAUUUUUAGUUAAUGAUAAUAAUAGACAGUUCUUGUAUAGUGCAUAACACAUUAUGAAUAACGUCUCUAUGCGAUUCCAAAGGAUUUGGAUAUUAUUACCCCAGCUGUAGCUCAAGCAGCCUUCCGGCACUCAGUGCAUUUCAAGGAAUAAAUUCCUGCCAGGUACCCAUUCACCUCAUCUGGGUUGAGUGCAGCACAAUGUGGAUAAACUUCUUGCUGAAGGAAACUAUGCCAUGGCUGUGAUUUGAACCCAUGACCCUCUGUUUCAAAGUCCAGAGACUAAUCCACUGGGCCACAAUGCUCCACAACAUGUUUAUCAACAUGCAGAAGUGUUGUGCAUCAGGGGCUGACCCUAAUACUAAUACUAAUAUCUUUAACCUUGUCACCAAAGUGGUGGGGAAUAUUCUUGUUGCUUAUUUGUCACAACUUUUGUAUUUUUCUUUGUAAUAUUAAUGCCAUAUAAAAUAAAUAAAGAGUUAAGACACUGGACUGUCCUUUAGAGUAUGUAACUCUAUUUGCCAUUCAUUUUUAACUGUGAAUUUGAUAUGUAAGUAUUUAAAGGAGGCAGUAUUAACCCGUUUGGGACUGAGCCUGCAUAUAUUCAGAUUAAGGUCUAUGGAACAUGCUUAUUACAGUAUAACCAAGUCAGUCAGCAACAGGUUAAAUGCCAAGUCGAACCCCAAUUGGUUGAUUUCUAUAAAAAAGAGAAAUCUUCUUAACCAAGUUAAAUUGAAGUAUCGCAGUAAUCAAAACCUAUCAAACUGGAUGGGAAAUUUU